AUUCCAAUGCACAUGUUUUUUUAUAAGUAAAUCAUUCGACAUCUUCCUGAAGUAAACGACGAAUUAGGCGUUUGUUUGUAACACGUGAUACUUCAUGUUAUUAUCAUUGUUUUGUUUCCCUUUAUUUUUUCUUUGAAAAUUAAUUUUGCUCUUACGAAACAUUGAUUCAAUUUGAUUUUUUAUAAAUUAACAAAAUUCUACAUUAGUGGGGAAUUUUAUUAUUCGACAGAUAAUAGUCAAAGGAGAGUUUACUCGAAAAAAAAAAACAGAGAAAAAAAAACAAAGACUUCUGUUCCAUAUUAUUUCUGUUGGUUGCGCGUAAUUAUUAAUAAUGGUUUUGUUAGGCGAAACAUUCCCUAAUUUUACAGCUGAAACACAAAAUGGUACAAUUAAUUUUCACGAAUGGCUCGGAGAUUCUUGGGGUAUUUUGUUUUCGCAUCCGAGUGAUUUUACGCCUGUUUGUACUACGGAAUUGGCAAGAGUUGCAAAAUUAAUGCCCGAAUUUGAAAGACUGGGCGUGAAAGUUAUUGCAUUAUCGUGUAAUUCUGUGGAUUCUCAUCACAAAUGGAUCGAGGACAUUAAAAGUUAUGGAGAAAUAACGGACGAGAUUUUCCCAUAUCCAAUAAUAGAAGAUGAGUCUCGCAAACUAGCAACGAUGCUUGGUAUGUUAGACCCUGCAGAGGUAGAUAGUCAAGGUCUACCUUUGUCAGCACGAGCUGUAUUCAUUAUAGAUUCAGCCAAAAAAAUGCGUCUUUCAAUUUUAUAUCCUGCGACCACUGGUAGAAAUUUCGACGAAAUAUUACGUGUCAUCGAAUCGCUUCUCUUGACUGAAAAAUACAAAGUUGCAACUCCUGUAGAUUGGAAGAAAGGAGAAGAAGUUAUGAUUCAACCAUUUGUCACAGAAAACGAAGCGAAAAUAUUAUUUGCGUCUGUAAAGACUGUUGAUCUUCCAUCCGGAAAACCAUAUUUGCGGAUUGUGUCGCAACCUACAUAAAAAGUGGGAUAAAAGACGUGAAAACAUCAAUACGAAUAAUGACUUUAAAUUAAUUAUUGCAUAUAUACUUUGAUACAAUGUACACGAUACAAAAUACAGAGUAAUAAUGUUAACAUUUUCAA